AAUGUGAAAUCUAUUCGAUAAAAAUAAAACGACCGCGAUUGGACCAAAGUGGGGGUAGACGAUGAAGUCCUUUUAUCAGAGGCAGUUGCGAGAUUCGAGGACUCAUUUUGAAAUAAGACUAAACUGUUACGACUAUGCUUGAAAGGUGACUGUCAUUAUUCGUCAAAGUUUUUCAGUUUUUUAGCAUUGCAAAAAAUUUAGUGACCAAAAUUUUUAUAUCGGAUUAAUCAACGCCAUAUCGGUGAAACUAAUCAAACUUGUAUCACUGACACACGAUGCACGAACAUCAGUACCGCGUUAUUCUCUUGACUGUAAUCAUUGUGAUAGCCGGGUCCGUGGCAGGUGAUCGCCUGUCUCCUUCAUUAAAGAGGCAGAAACGAAUUGUUGGAGGGAUCGAAGCUGCUCAGCCACCAGAAGAUGAUCCCGUCGUAUUUGUCAGCAAAAACGGACGAGAUGCCCGGAUUUACGGAACCCGGGACAAAGACAAGGGCUUCUACGUAUUUCGGGGAAUCAGAUUCGGGGAACCCCCAGUUCGUCGGCAUCGAUUUCAAAGACCGAGAGGAGUGAAUUUGGAGGGUGACUUAAACGCGACGAAAUGGGGAGCGCCCUGCCCCCAGCCCGAUUCGUCAAAAGAGGGUGGCGUAAUCGGAUCGGAGGACUGUUUGUUUUUGAAUGUUUUCACUCCCGCCUUGCCAGACGAGGGGGACGGUUACCCUGUGCUGGUAUGGAUUCACGGAGGGGGCUUCAGACGCGGUGCCGCCUGCCAAUACGAGAUGAGAAACUUAAUCAAGAAGAAAAUGGUCGUUGUCUCUAUACAGUAUCGAUUGGGUUCCCUAGGAUUCUUGAGCACCGGAAGCAAGGAUCUACCCGGGAACAACGGCAUGUUUGAUAUGAUUUUGGCUGUCAACUGGAUCAAAGAUUACAUCGAAUUCUUUGGCGGUGAUCCACGGAAAAUCGUCGCUUUUGGACAAGGAACCGGAGCUAGCGCUGCUAUGAUGCUAUCGCUAUCCAAACUGACGCAAAGCUAUUUCAGCGGACUAAUCGCGAUGUCUGGUUCCGCAUUAUCUCAUUUCGCCAUCGACAAAGAUCCAACGACAAGCGCGAAGGCUAUCGCCGAGGCGAACGAUUGCCCUGUCGAGGAUGUCUCGGAGAUGACGCGUUGCCUGCAGGAACUUCCGCUGGAAAAAUUGAUAGGCACCGAUUCGUCCCUGGAAAGCGUUCGCGCAUCGGUUCAAGGCUUCGUCGCCGGUUUGGCGGGGGUUUUGGGUCCGGGGCCCGUGGUAGAGGGCCAAGACGACCAGCGAUCGCUGCCUAACUUCCUGACUAGGCCGCCCGAAGGCUCCUUGGAUCUUGGGGAAUUCCCGGAAAUUCCACUUCUCAUAGGCGUCGUGAAGGACGAAACUGGCGGCGCUGUUUCCGGUCGUUUCCGUGAUGAAAUCCAGACAAAGGUGGACACGGUUCCGAAUUUCGUGGACAAGAAUCUGGUCGAAUCUCUUCAGGGAACGAUACCGAGUUUCAAAAAUGCUGGAAAGGAAUGGCAAUUCGUUCCCGAGGCCUUCUCCAAGUACCUGAAUAUCCCUGACGGUACUCAGGACGAAGGGAACAUCUUCGCCAAGGUGGCCAAGGCUACCGGAGACGCGCUUUUCAACGCGCCAGCUUUCCUCGCUGCUGAACAAUGGUCGAAAAAGGGUAAAGCUUUUUUGUACAGCUUCGAUCAUACCAACGGGAAGAAUUUCGGCAAGGGAUUUUUGCAAGGAUUGCCGUUGGCUGAGGCGAAGGAAAAUGACGGAGGAGUUUCCAACCACGGUGACGAUUUGGGAUACAUUUUUGGGAGGAAUUCUAUUAUUGGCGAACGACUCACUGACGACGAUAUAAACGCAGAACCUGUCGACCCCGAGGAUGCGGAAGUCACGGAUGUCUUCACGGAAAUGAUAGCGAACUUUGCGCGAAGCGGAGAAUUGUCGGUACCAUCCGCGAAGCCGGAAUUCCCUGGCGGAAAUUUGACAAAAAUUCCGUCUUUCACCGGCGGCAAGGAUCCAGCAAAGACCAACCCAUUUAUCAGCGUCACAUCGAAGCCCAGACUCAUGGAAAAUUUCAGAUACUGCGAAAUAGGACUGUGGACUGGAUCGGUCGAAAGGAUCCAAUCUCCAGCUUGCGGACUGUUCAAAUCGAGCGUCGAGAGGGUGGAGAAGUUGGGCCAAAAGGCUCUGGAGGCAGUGAAGCAAAUUGGUGAGGAAACGAUCGGAGUCGGUCGAAAGGUUGCCGAAGACGUUGUAAGACCGGAAAAGAUUACCUCAGACGUUGAAGAUACGGUGAAGAAAAUAGUGGAGCGCCCUGCGGUGAUCGGGGGUGCGAUUCGAGGUCUAAUCCCCGGCUCUGGGGUAAUCGAGUCGCCCUCUUCGCAGUCAGAAAGAGUCCAAAAUCGUCCUCGUCCACCGUCCCAGCGAAAUAUGGGUAGUCUGAUACCUCGGCGAGGAUUUCUGCUCGGUUGA